UUUGCAUGUUUUGCACAGCAUCCCAGUCAAAAGACUUUCAACUCGAGAUGGGUUUAGUCGCGUAUGGAAUUUUGAUUUUAACUCUUUCGCUUGCCUCGGCAAAAACGCUCGAUGAGUGCAUUGUACCUAUUGCAUCCAUACACUACAACCGCAUACAAUGGCCACUGAUCUACAAAUCCAAUGGCGAGUUAUAUCCCACACAAGUGGAUGGAGCACAACAACACGCUAGUGUUCAUUUGCCCGCCGGAGCUGAGGCCAUACUUUCAUGUGGACCUAAUUAUCUAAAGAACUAUAAUCGCGCAGAGGUUUUGCGUGUGAAAUGUGAAAGCGGCGGCAAGUUCAGUGUUUUGAGUGAUGUGUCUGAUGCGAAAAAGGCACCGAAAGCGGUGGAACAGUUCGGCUGCGAUUUACGUGUAAUGGAAGAGGUGUUGAGCACUGUGAAUGGUUGCACGAAUGAGGCAUGGACCGCCGUGGUAUUUGGCUAUGUGAAUCCACAGGAUCAACUGACACAUAUAAUUGGCGAGGCAUGCUACGAUGAACAGCAGGGACGUACUAUUUUUGCGCAUGUGAAAUUGAGCAGCUCGGACGCCUCCUACCUCCAACGUCUCCCCAAAGACUUCCUCACCAAGCACCGUCAUCCAGAUGGACGCUACAAAAGUGAACUCUUCCGUGGCCUGCAUUUCGACGAGAUCUAUGCGCGUGUACGCCAAGCGUUGCACUUGAAACGCGCACCCUUCCUACACAAAACCAAUUAUGUGGAUGAAUUUUUCCUAAGCAGUCCGCAAUUUCAUGCUGUGAAAAAAUUGGGUUGGAACUAUUUUGUCGCUCAUGAUGAACUCACAGCAUGGACUGCGCUCAAGGAGGAUAUACUGGCACACCAACGCGCGCUCAAAGACGAAGCUUUGGACAUUUAUGUCGGUAGUCAUGGCAUUCAAGUGUUACAUGGCGCGAACGGUGAACAACUAGAGCUCUACCUACAACCAGCAGCGGGUGAAAAUGGAAAAUUUCCCGUGCCAGAACUUUUAUGGAUUGUUGUGAAAGAGGAGGACAAGGCAACGGCUUUUGGUGUAUACAACGAUGCUAAUGCGAAUGCUGUUGAGAGUAGCGCAGCAGCUACGACGACUCAUGCAACGAUUUGUGAGAGUAAGUGCGCUCAGGUCAGCUGGCUAUCGGCGGCAUUGAAAAAAGGAGGCGUAAUCUGUUGUAGUGUAGCAGAAUUUAGACAGGUUGUGAAGGAGGUGCCCGCUAUAGCAGAUGCGCAGGUGGCUUCGAAAUAAGGAAACUGAUUGUUCGUUCUCGUGUCGAAAAUAUUGAGGAAAUAAAUAUGUACAUACAUAUGUAUAUUAAUUGCAA